UCUGCAAACACUGACCUCUAUUCAGUGUCUGCAAAUGACCAAAAAUUUGAAAAAUUUGGCCCCAAUAAUUCCCCAUGAAUCUAUUUAGGUACAUAAAUAAUACUGUAAAUGUACAAGUAUCCCUUAGUAGUCUGUGCAGAUGUAUAGUGGUGGUCACUGGUGCCUGAGGUGGUCACAUUUAAGAUAUUUUAUCUCUACUUUGGACAUGUCACAAUUCACAUGCCUGAUGAAUAUUACCUACCCAAAUAAUGAUUAUGGGCGAUAGCCAAGAGAAGUCUAUCCACUUAAAUAUACCCUUUUCUAAGAAAGAACAUGCUAAGAUAGCCUAUGAUGUGUUGGGUGUAGAUGAAGAGCUAAAGAAAAGUGGAAUAAAAAGGAUUAUUCAUAUUAUUGAUGAUCUCAAUUUAGCUGUUGAGUUCACAGGAGCAGAUUUGAAGAAAUUAAGAACAUCCGUAAAUGCCUUUUUAAAAAAUAUUACAUUGAUAGUGAAGACUUUUGAAUGCUUUAGGUGAAUAUAGAGUAGGAACUAUGCCCGAACAUACCCCGGCCCCGACACCUGCAAGAUCAUUAUAUGGAUUUUUUAUGUAUUUGUUUAGUAAAACAAUGCUAGCAACUUACUGUAUAUGGGCAUUUACUCCCAGUUACCAUCUCCAUUAUUUAAAUAUCUACUACUAUCCACAGAAAUAUUGGGCCACAGCAAUACCUAUACAGUGUUUGGUGGCUCUGACCAUGUUUGCUUUCUUUGUAUAUCCUAGUUCAAAUUUGAUGCUAACCUGUGGAAUAGACAGCAUUCAUUCUAUUAGUGAUAAUUACUCUCAAACAAGUAAUGUGAAUAAUAAACCUAUUAAUUCAAGUUAUAAUGAAUGUGUGUGCUUGGAUGAUAAAAUAUGUUUUAAGAAUAAAUAUGUAGCCUCAUGUAAAGAACUAAAAGAAAACACUGUACCACCACUCUUAGAUUUAGAUAUACGGAUGGUAUCAAGAAAAUUAUAUUUAAAUAGGAAAUUAAAGUAAGUAAGUACAGGUAAAUAUUG